CCGACACUCGGAAGGGACAACAACUAGCUCGUUUUUUUCCUGGCUUCAAAGCGAUUAGCUAAAAGCCAUGGCAUUUGUUGUCAAAAUUCUCUUCCUGUCAGCGCUAGUGUACAGCACUAAUGCCGGAUAUUUAAAUGGCCAGCACCAAAGUCCUGACUCAUUCCUGUCAUCUGCGCUAAGUGCACCUUCAGCUUCAUUUGCACCCUCAUCGACAUAUGGAGCACCACAUGGAGGCAGUGGCCCUCACCACGUGUUCGUUGAAGACUCGGCAGGAGAUGACCACGGUCCAGUCCUCUCAGGAGCAUCUCUUCCUGGAAUAGGCUCUAUUGCUGCAUCUGGUGCAUUGGGCGGUGGCUCUUCCGGUGGUCACGGACACGGCUCUGGCAAUGGCCCCAGUCCAGUUUAUGGACCCCCCGGCCAUGGAUCUGGACUCUCUGGCCCUGGCUACGGUUCCCUUUCAUCCGACCUCUCAGCUCCCGCUCCAUCUGGCAACGGAUACUCUGAGGGUAGCCUUCUUCUCGACUCAAAUCUCCCUGGACCUGGUGGCAACAGUGGUAGUGGUCUUGGCCCUGCAACUCUUGGAGCCCCGAGAGUCAUUGGAACAACAGUCUCCGUCGGCCGCCCAGUGGCUUCUGCUUCCAGAUACGAGCUGCAAUCUGUUGUGCAGAAUGUCAUUCGUCGUAUCCCUAUCGAGGUGACCCGCCACGUCCAGCUCGCUGUGCCACAACCUGUACCAGUGCCCGUCCGUCAAGAAGUCAAGGUCCCCGUGCCACAGCCCUACCCAGUCCAUGUUGACGUCGUGAAGCACGUCCCUUACCCCGUAUACAAGACUGAGCACGUGAGCGUUGAGAGGCCAGUGCCCGUUGAGGUCGUCAAAGAAGUCCCAGUUGAGGUCAUCAAGAAGGUGCACAUCCCUAUUGACAGGCCCUACGAAGUAAUCAAGAAGAUCCACGUGCCCAUUGAAAAGCACGUGGAGGUUCCCGUCCCAGUGUGGAAGCCCUACCCCCUCCACAUCAUCAAGCACGUCACCCACUACAAGAAGAAGAGCUGCUGCUGGUAAGGCGGUGCCUUGCUCUUCAUCCAGCUGGUGCCAGCCAGCAACAGUCGUGAUCAUACCAAAUAGUCAAUAGAAUUGUAAAUACUUUGAUAGUCAUUAGUUUGUACAUGUAAAUAGAUGAAUAUAAAACGUAUCGUUUUACAAUCGA